AUGCUGGCGGCGCCCUGUAACGGACUGGCCGCCGAGAUGGCGCUCAAGAGCGUGGCGGAGAGACUGGAGAACCCGCCAGUGGAGUCGAGCUCCAGGGCGCCGGCCGCCGCGCUGCCCGGUGGAGCCACAUGCACGCGCGCCGACAGAAGAACGCUAUACCGCUACUGCUCUCGCGAACGGAAAACCUCGCGCGAGGAAAGCUCGGACAGCUCCAAGGAGAACAGCUUCCAGAGCGACACCAGCCUCGACUCUGAGGACAGCUGCGUCUCCGUCAUAUACGUGCCGAAACUGGACGCUGAGGUGGAGGCCAAGGAGCGCAGCCGCUCCGCCUCCAGCGAGUCGUCGGACGGCUCCAACGGUAAGGUGUCGCCCAAAUCGCCGCUGACCGGCACCCUGCCCUCCUCGCCCACCCGGCUGCCGUCGGCGCCGAUCCGAAUCAACACCCUCAAGAGCCUUCCCAAGCUGGGCGCGCAGGUCUUGCAGAGCCACCUUCAGGGCCGGUUCCAGUUGAUGGACCCGCCGCUGGGCGUGACGUGGUGA